AUGGGUUCUUUUGACUUGAUAUCGUCGUUUGAGGUUGAAUAUGCACCUGUGAAUGUAAAGAAAUGGAAGUCCAAUAGAACUGGUCUUGAGGUCUGCUUGAUUGCAAAAGAGUCGCCCUCUGUGAGUGGAUGGUUCGCCCUGGCAACUGAGAUCUUUGACGAUAGUGGAUGUCCGCAUACUUUGGAACAUCUAAUUUUUAUGGGAUCCAAGAGGUAUCCUUACAAAGGACUGUUGGAUAUCCUAGGAAAUCUGGCAUUUAGCACUACAAAUGCUUGGACAGCCACAGAUCAGACAGUUUACACCUUAAUGACAGCAGGCUGGGAAGGUUUCAAGAUGAUACUUCCCGCAUAUUUGGACCAUAUUCUGCACCCUACGCUGACUGAUGAGGCUUGCUACACUGAAGUCUACCAUAUUGAUGGAAAGGGCAGAGAAAAAGGAGUUGUUUAUUCAGAAAUGCAGGGAAUUCAAUUUGAGCCUUCUUUUGUUGCGCUUCUGGAGAAACAAAGAACCCUUUAUACAAAGUCUGCCUAUAGAUCAGAAACAGGAGGACUUGUUGAGAAUCUGCGUACCCUAACUAGUGAUGAGAUACGACAAUUCCACAAGGAGCAUUAUAGGCCAGAUAAUCUAUGUCUUAUAAUAACUGGAAUGGUUGACGAAAAUGAGCUUUUGGAUAUUCUGGAGAAGUUUGACGCAGAAAUAACGCCAUUACCCGAAACUCCAAAUAAACGGCCCUUUGUGGACUCUGUCCAGGAUGAUCCGUUGUCAUCAUCAAUAACAAAAACAGUAUACUUUGGAGACGAGGACGAAUCCAAAGGCGAUUUGACGUUAACAUUUUAUGGUCCGAACGGUGUUGAUCUACUCGAGUGUUUAGCGGUCGAAACACUGUCCAAAUAUUUGACGGAUUCCUCUGUGUCUCUAUUCAGACAAGCAUUUGUCGAGGUCGAAAACCCGCUGGCUACGCAUGUCUCUACAUACAACGAUGAUUACAUCAAGACCACUAUCAACAUUGAUUUCUCGAAUAUCUCAAUUGAAGAUAUUGACGAGAUGCCAAAGAAAAUAACAAAAGUUCUUGCAGACCAUGAAACUGAGCUAGACAUUACUAGAAUCAGGGAUGUGGUAGACCAAAGUAAGUGGGAUCUUAUCUAUGAAGCAGAGAACGACGAUGAUACAUUUGUGACGUCUGUCAUUUACCAGUUUAUCUAUGGAGAUAAGUCGAGCAAUGAUUUACCAGGUUAUUUGAAGGAUCUCAAGGAUUACGAGAUUCUCAUGACAUGGGAGCCUGCCAAAUGGAGAUCGCUGUACACAAAAUAUUUUGUCAGCAAUCCGUCAUUGUUCAUAAUAGCAAAGCCAUCUAAAGAGCUGUAUCGAUCUAACAGAAAGGCCGGCAAACAGCUACUAAAGGACAGAAAAGCCAAGUUAGGCGUUGAAGGCCUGAAAAAGCUUGCUACCAAAUUAGAGAUCGCCAUUGAAAGAAAUAAUACUCCCAUCCCCGAUGAAAUCUUGGAAUCUUUUGGAUACCCGGAUGUAGCCAAGAUCAAAUUCAUUCAAACCCAGUCGAUUGCCGCUGGAAAAAAUCAUGACGUUGCCAACGAUGUGUCUUUGUCGGUGACUAGAAAAGUUGAAAACGACACACCAGAUGGUUUUCCUUUAUAUCUGCAUUUUGAGAACAUCAAAUCGAAUUUCGUUACCGUUGACCUGCUCUGUUCAUCAUUUGAGGUUCAUGAAAAGCUCUUAAACUAUAUUCAUGUUUUUGCUGGCCUGUUCACGUUACCCCUUGAGCAAGAUGGUAAGCUUAUUCCCUAUUCAGAAGUGGUGAAGGAUGUCCAGAGAGACACCAUUUCUGCUACCGUUUCAACUUCCUUCGACAACAACUUCCAAGAAUUUGUCGACUUCAAAAUUGUUGCAAGAAGCGAAAACUAUGGAAAAGUGAUUGAUUGGUAUACCAAGUUGCUGUUCCAUACCAAGUUCACGCAAGAUAGAGUUAAAGUUGCUGUCGAAAAAGCCUUGAACAACUUGCCAUCAAAGAAACGAUCCGGAUAUUCCAUGCUGAACACUCUUAUGAAUAAACACAUCAGAACCCAAAGAUCUCUUGCAAGGGCUCAAAGAACGUACCUUGUAGAGGCUUUCCUGAAGGAUUUGCUGAAAAAAAUUGAUGACGACUUUGAUACAGUGGCCAGGAACCUUGAACAAUUCCGUCAGCAGCUUAUAAAGCAGAACAAUAUACGUGUGUUGGUAGUUGCAGAUGUUGCGAGAUUGGAGCAUCCUGUGGCCAGCUGGGAAACUUUUGCAGCAAAUUUGAAAUUCAUGUCAGAGCCACUCACUGACCUGCCAUAUACGGCAAAGGUUUUGACUGAUGUGGGAAAAUUAGAAAGGUGUGGCAAUUGCUACAUCAUUUCGACGCCCGGAUCGUCUGCCAGUUACAUGGAUUUGAUGGCCAAAAUUCCUUUAGACGCAAAUGCCCGCGAGUCUGCAAAGAUCCUCUUAGCAGCGGAGGUGCUCCAGUGUGUUGAGGGGCCUUUCUGGAGGGGCAUUCGUGGGUCUGGUCUAGCUUAUGGUGCCAAUGUGUAUCGUAUCGUUGAGUGGGGAACAGUCAUCUACGACAUUUAUCGUGGCGUUGACGUGGAGAAAUGUUUCGAAGUUGGCAAAGAAAUUGUUGAAUCUUAUGUAUCUGAAGUGCAAAAAAUCAGCGACAAGGCAUUGCACGGUGCUAUGUCUUCAGUUGUGAACUCCUUAGUGAAUGGUCAAACAAAUUACGUCAGUGCAGCCUACAGAAAGUUUUUUGAUCAAGUUCUCAUGAAAAGGGGUCCUGAUUACAACCAAACACUGGUGAAAAGUUUGUCACAAGUGACAUCGCAAGAUGUCGUCGAUGUGUUGAAGAAAUACUUUCUUCCAAUGUUUGAUCCGAAAUCGUCUGUGUGUUUUGUUUGCUGCAGUCCUUCGAAAGUGGAGAGCAUUGAGAAGUUCUUCAACUCUAAAGGCUACGCUACUUCUGUGGAAUAUGUUGCUGCCGAUGACGGUGAAGAGAGUUAUGAAAGUGACGAAGAUGAGGAUGGUGAUGAAGAUGAGGACGAUUAUAGCGACACCGAAGACGAUGGUGAUGAUAGUGAUGAAAGAGAAGAUGAAACUGAUUCGGGCAGUGAUUAA